GGAGCUUUUUCCCACUAGUGCUGUGAAAACUCGGAUUUUUCAAACUACAGCCAACGUUUGAAAAUCUUCAAGAAGGAUUUGCAAAAUGACUUCUACAAACUUCAGUCGCGAGAUGCACCUGUUCUCCCUUUUUAUUGACGAGGUGUUAGAUCAACGCUAUGCUGAGCUGGUGAGUCCAAUCACUGCUCCUCAGAUGGUCGUCAUUAACUUGAGGAACCGUGAACUGAGCAGCAGCCAACUGGACUCCAUGUCCCACCUGGUCCUCACUCUUUACCAUAACCUGGUGACGGGGUCCAAGGACUUUCCUUACAUACCUUUUAAAGGAUUGUUCCAUCGGGACCAGGUGACGACACCAUUUGUCCAUGUGAGGCAGAGCCAGAGAGAGAACACCACUCCUUCUCCUCCUACGGACUCACCAGCUGGCAUGAUGCUGCCGCCUGCGGGCUCCAGCUCUCAUCCACGCUUCCUGACUCCAGUUCUUCCAGAGAAAGCGGAUCUUGCUGUGCUGAAGGCAGAUCGGAGGAACCGUGUCGGCACCUUGACUGUCGACGGCCUCCUCGUCACCAGAGUCAUCUCCACUGUUUACCGAACAGAGGACACUGAGAUGACGAACCGCUGGAGAAUAACAGACUACAGCGCGGACGGCAGAGUUCUCACUUCGGUGCUCUGCCGUUUUCUAAAUAUGUCGGCAAAGCGUGCUAAGAGGAAGGCUCCGGAGGAAGAGAGCAGCAUCCGGAGCCCGAGUCCAGCAAGGAAGCGCUUGAGAUUAUAAUAUACAGUGAAGCAUGUCGAACGUCAGCAAGCCUGAACAAAGUGUCAGGAAAAAGAGUCACGCUGCGAAGAAACUCCACACAGAAGAUUUUCCCUCAGUAAAAUGACAACUGAGGGUCUUCAGAGCAGCGUGAACGGCCGUCACCUGAGAGCAAGACAGUCCUGGCGCCUUUGUGGUUCCCUCCAGACUGACCUGUCCAGGUUGUACUCCUGCCUCUGGCCCCAUAACAGCUGGGAUGGCUCCAAUCUUGAAUUGGAUAAGCUGAAGAAAUGGAUGGAAGGAUGAUCCAAAGAGAAACAUUAAAGGCCCUCUCACAAAAAAAAGAUAAGAACUCAUUUUACACAUUUAAAGUACAAAGAACACAUAUAUUU